AUGAGCCUUCUAACAAAAUUGACAAAUAAUGUUAAAAGUUGUUUUAACACUUCUGUCAAAGUUUCUGAAGAACUACCUAAAGCAGACAAAGAUAUUAUUAUAUCUACUUAUAAUAUUCUUCUUCAAGCAGAUCCAGAAUUAUUCUCCAAAGCAUGGAUAAUGUCAGCUUCAAGAUCUACUUCAAUUAGAAAAGCUUUUAGUCUCAUUGACCCAAAUAGUACGCAUAUUGAAGUUGAUUUUACUAAAUUUUCAGCUGUCAUUGAAAGAUUUUUUACAAGAAUUAUAUGUGAAGAGAAACUUGUUAAUGAAUCAUUUGAAAAAUCUUGUAUUAAUCUUGGAAAAAAACAUGUUGACUUCGUACCAAUAGGUUUUCAUUCCAAUUAUUGGGACAUUUUUAUGAAUUGCAUGAUAGAUGUAAUUGCAGAAACUGUUAUUAUAGCAUUUAAUGAAGACAACAAACAACAGCAACAAGUUCAAAAAUGUUGGAACAAAUUUGUUGGUAGAAUUGUAUUUCUCAUGCAAUCUGGUUUCAAACAAAGACAAUUAGUCGAAAAAAAUGUGGAUAAAAAAAACAAUGACAAGGGAGCUAAUGGAAACAAUUUUUAA